GGAAGAUGGCGACGGCCGGGGGCAGCGGGCAGCCCCUCUGCUCCGGACCCCCGGCCCGCACCAGCGCACUGCCGGCGAAAAAGGAGUUCGACGUGGACACCCUCAGCAAAGCCGAACUGCGGAUGCUCCUGAGCGUCAUGGAAGGGGAGCUGGAAGCCAGGGACGUCGUCAUUGAGGCCCUGAGGGCUCGCAGAAAAGAGGUGUUUAUCCAGGAACGAUAUGGAAGGUUUAACCUCAAUGACCCAUUCCUGGCUCUGCAGAGAGACUACGAAGCAGGUGCUGGUGAAGCAGAGAAGAAGCCCGUCUGUACCAACCCCCUCUCCAUUUUGGAGGCCGUCAUGGCUCACUGCCGGAAAAUGCAAGAGAGGAUGUCCGCCCAGCUGGCCGCCGCAGAGAGCAGGCAGAAGAAGUUGGAAAUGGAGAAGUCGCAGUUGCACGUCCUCCAGCAGGAGCACAGGAAGCUCUCUGCCCGCCUCGAAGACGAACGGGGCAAGAACAAACAGGUGGUGCUCAUGCUGGUCAAAGAGUGCAAGCAGCUUUCCAGCAAGGUGGGCGAGGAAGGUGAGAAGCUGGAGGAAGCGGCCUCCAAGCUGGAUGCCGAAAAGAGAAAGACGGGCGAGCUAGAAGGGGCCCUGUCGGCCGAGAGGCAGAAGAGCUCCCAGAUGGAAGCCCGCAUGGAGAAGCAGCUCUCCGAAUUCGACACGGAGCGGGAGCAGCUGCGGGCCAAGCUGAGCAGGGAGGAAGCGCUCACGGCCGACCUCAGGGAGGAGAUCGACAAGAUGAGAAAGACGAUCGAGCAGCUGAGGAAGGGCAACGACCACAAACCGAGCCUCUCCCUCCCCCGGGGCAAAGCGAAAGACAGGCGCUCCGUGUCCGUGUCCGUGGGGACCGAGGGGCCGGCCUCGCGCGCAGCGGCCUGCCAGACCGACCCAGUGGUGGAGGGCGCAGACCCGGUGAAGAAGCCCCCCGUGGCGGUCCCCGCGAAGCCCUCCUCAGCCGGCCCCCUGGCUUCUGGGACCACCAAAGGGGGCGUUGGGAAGCCCAGCGUGGGUCGGCAGUUUUCCCACGGCGACUUGCUCACCUCCUCUUCACCCAGCAUUCCCGGUCCACCGCGGAUCCAGGAAAAUGGACCGAGCUCCGGUUCGACCCCCGAGCCGACGGGUAGUGCCCUCAUGCCCCUUCUAAACAACGCCCCUCCUCCCGCUGCUUCUCAGAACCACUCGCUCACCUCUUCCACGCCCAACCUCCAUUCACCGUGUGCCAACGCGGCUUCGUACCCCGCGCUCAAUCCGCGGGUCCAAGCGGCCCGGUUCAGGUUCCAGGGCAACGCCAAUGACCAAGACCAGAAUGGGAACACCACCCAGAGCCCUCCAUCCAGGGAAGUCUCCCCCACCAGCCGGGACAACUUGGUCGUCAGGCAGCUGGCCCGCAACACGGUCACCCAAGCGCUCUCCAGGUUCACCGGCCCCCAGGCCGGGGCCCCCGCCAGCCCCAGAGCCCCCCAUCCAGGGGAAGGAGGGACCGGCCCGCCCUCCGGCGGGAGAGCGAGCGCCAAGACUCCCAACGCCCCACGUGUCGACCGGGGGAACCCUCCGCCCAUCCCUCCGAAAAAGCCAGGGCUGUCCCAGACCCCUUCGCCUCCCCACCCCCAGCUCAAGGUCCUCAAGGACAGCGGCCGCCCGGCCAACGCGGGGGCCAAAGUCGAUAGCAAAACCGGGGUGCCGCCUCCUUCCGCCCCGCCCCACGGAAUCAGGGUAAUGAAUGAGGAAAACCUCGCUAAGUCUUCCUCCCCCCAGCCGCCCCCCAAACCGGCGGGAGACUUAGCUCCGGCGGUGCCCGCGGGCUGCGCCCUGCCCGCCGUGGCCGCGUCUCAGGUGGGUGCCUGCCUGGGCUGCGACCCGGGACCGAGCCAGCCUGCAUGUUCAGAAAGUAGCCAUGCCAUCCCCACCGCCAUUGCCUGUAGCUCCUCCAUAAACCCCGUUAGUGCCUCAUCCUGUGCACCCUGGGCCUCCCACAGCCUCCUGGUAGCAGCCUCAGGGUGGCCCCCCUCCCUAACCCCUUUGCUAACAAGUUGUGGUCCUGUGUCCCUGGGUGGCAGGCCCACCCGUCUUCACCAAGCUGCUGCCCAGGGAAAUGUCACUUUAUUGUCUGUGCUGCUUAAUGAAGAAGGACUGGACAUUAAUCACGCCUGUGAAGAUGGCUCUUCUGCCUUGUAUUCUGCUGCUAAGAAUGGACAUACAGACUGUGUGAGAUUGCUGCUGAAUGCCAAUGCGCAAGUUGAUGAUGCCGAUAAAAAUGGCUUCACCCCCUUGUGUUCAGCAGCCGCUCAGGGACAUGUUAAGUGUGCAGAAUUACUAAUUGCAUAUCACGCUGACAUUAACCAUGCUGCUGAAGGAGGUCAGACACCUCUGUACCUGGCCUGUAAAAACGGAAAUAACGAAUGUAUCAAACUCCUGCUGGAAGCUGGAACAGACCGAAGUAUAACAACCAGUGAUGGCUGGACCCCAGUCCACGCCGCUGUGGAUUCUGGAAACGUGGACAGCCUCACGCUCCUCAUGUACUACGGAGGGCCGGAGAGCGGGAAUUCUGGGAGCAAAGAUCAGACGGGCUUGGGGAGCCGAGAGGAGAGUCGGGGAGCCAUGCCUGUCAUUUCGGCCGAUCUCAUCAACCAGGCUGACAAGGAGGGUUGGACGGCUGCCCACAUUGCGGCUUCGAAAGGUUUGAAGAAUUGCCUAGAAAUCCUCUGCGGUCACGGCAGGCUGGAGGCUGAAAGGAAAGAUAAGUGCGAUCGAACUGCGCAUGACGUGGCAACAGAUGACUGCAAGCAUCUUCUGGAGAACCUCAAUGCUUUGAAAAUAUCCGUAAGAAUUUCUGUUGGUGAGAAACAGCCAGCCGUUUGUGGUUCCGAUGAUUUUGAAGCAGAAAACACAAUAUGUGCUUUAAAUAUCCGUAAACAGACAUCGUGGGAUGAUUUUUCCAAAGCUGUGAGUCAGGCUGUGACGAACCAUUUCCAAGCAAUCUCUUCUGAUGGAUGGAAGCGACUAGAAGACUUGACGUUUAAUAACGCUACUGAAUCCAGCGUUGGCCUCAGUGUGAGCAGUAUCCUAUCAGUCAAACUAGGAAGUGUGACGUGGUCAACAGGUCAGAGUUUUUCCCAGCCUCCGUGGGACUUCCUGCAAAAGAACAAGGUGGAACAUGUAACCGUAUUUUUGUCAGGACCUCAAGAAGGCUGCCUCAGUAGUGUGACUUACGCAUCCAUGAUCCCUCUUCAGAUGCUACAGAACUACCUCCGGCUGGUGGAGCAAUAUCAUAACGUGGUCUUCCAUGGCCCUGAAGGAAGCUUGCAAGACUAUAUAGCCCAUCAGAUAGCACUCUGCCUGAAGCACAAGCAGACAGCUGCAGGAUUCCCUUGUGAAAUAGUGAAAGCCGAAGUGGACACCAACUUCUCCAAGGAGCAGCUAGUGGAGUUAUUCAUCAAUAGCGCUUGUCUGAUCCCUGUGAAACAGCCUCCUGUGAGCAAAAAAGUCAUCGUCAUCCUAGAGAAUUUGGAAAAAGCUUCAUUAUCAGAGUUGUUGGGAGACUUUCUAGCUCCCCUUGAGAACCGUAGCAGUGAAAAUCCCUAUACUUUUCAAAAAGGAAAUGGAGUGGCCAAUUCUUAUUACUUCCAUGAAAACUGCUUUCUGGUGGGAACCAUUGCAAAGUCGUGUCUCCAGGGAUCUGAUCUCUUAGUGCAGCAACAUUUCCGCUGGGUUCAGUUAAGAUGGGAUGGAGAGCCCAUCCACGGGCUCCUGCAAAGGUUUUUAAGAAGGAAAGUAAUGAAUAAGUUCCGAGGGAAAGUGCCUUCUCCCUGUGAUCCCGUGUGCAAGAUUAUCGAUUGGAUCCUUACCGUCUGGCACCAGCUGAACUCCUGUUUGUCCCGCCUGGGCACUCCAGAGGCCCUUAUAGGGCCCAGGUAUUUCCUGUCAUGCCCAGUGGUUCCAGGACAUGCCCAUGUGACUGUGAAGUGGAUGUCCAAAUUAUGGAAUGCCGUGAUCGCUCCCAAAGUUCAAGAAGCCAUACUCUCGAGAGCCUCUGUGAAGAGACCAGCAGUCAGACCGAGUCCCAGCCAAGGGCAGCAAGCCGUGGUCAAAGCAGCCCUCAGCAUCUUGCUGAACAAGGCCAUUCUACAUGGCUGUCCUCUCCCCAGAGCAGAGUUGGACCAGUAUAUGGCUGAGUUCCGGAGUGGGUGCUUCCCAUUAUCCAUGGUUUCCAGCUACAGCGGUAGUCACAGGAAGAAAGGAGAGAGUGGGUCCUGGAGGAAAGUCAACACCAGCCCUCGAAAGAAAUCCGGCCUCUCCUCUUCCCAGACCUGGACUAAGCAAGAGGCAACGAAGGAUGGUGUAAGAAAUGACACAGGACAUCAGAAUGGCAACAGCAUCGCUUCUCUAGUAAAACAAAAAUCUUUAGAGAACGGCCAUCCACAAGUGUUACAUCUAGAUCAAAGGCUGUCUCUAGGUUCCGAUGACGAGGUAGACCUUGUGAGGGAACUUCAGAGCAUGUGUUCCAGUAAAUCUGAAUCUGACAUAAGCAAGAUUGCAGAUUCCAAGGAUGAUUUCAGAAUGUUUGGCAGCUCCCGGACUGAUCCUGAUCCUGAGUUUUCACCGACCAUGUCUGAUCGAAGUUUGCCAAGCUCCGAAAAGGAGGUCUGUCCUCUUAGCAGCAAUCCAACUCUUGAAUGCAGCAACAACACACCGAAACCCGAGUCGGGGGUUUCGAGAGUGAAAUCUUUCCUCCCUGUGCCCAGGAAUAAAGUCGCACAGUGUUCUCCGAACCCCAAAAGAAGUAACAGCAGCAGCAGCAGUAAUACAAGGCAAAGAGAAAUUAACAACAACUUAAAAGAAGAGUUUUGGGUCUUACGCAAAAACAUACAAUAGGUAUACCUAACCAAUAGGCCCUGCCUCCAACUUUCUCGCCAUUUACGUUGUCUGUAUAUUUUGUGUAAAAAAAAUAAAAAUCAAAGUACAAAGGGAUGUAAAUAACUUUGGAAAACCACCCGUUUCACUAUACUAUGAUAUGUGUGUGUAUAGGACCACAAUUCAUUUUUUAUGUAAAGCUGUUUCUAGCCAACUUUGAGUUGCUUUACUCUGGACAUGACCUUGAGUUAAGCUAUGUUGCCAAGAGGUUAUGCCCAGUUUUCAAAUUGUUUUCUAAUAUGAAACUUGUUCUAGUGUAACGAUACUAUUCAGGGGUAUUACCACAGAAACGGUCAGGAUACCGUAUAGGCCUACUCUUUGAAAUUCAUGAGUUAUCUUACAUAGAAUAUGUUGCACACUGUGUACAGCCUUGGCUUAGAGUAUAUGUAAAUGACAUUUUUAAGAGGAAGAGCGUGAUUUUAUCUUCACUCUACAAGGAGUGAAUAAAUGUGGCAAUAACUUAAAUGAUUGCAAACACAGAAUGAUUCCUUUUUGCUAGAAGCCAUAUUAAACACUUUGAUUAUCCACAAACCCUGCUUGCCUAAUUUUGUGUUUUUUUUCUUAAGAUGCUUAACCUAGCUGUUGAACUGCACCAUGUAUAUUAAUGCGAUGGGUUUGAAAUAUGAUUCUGGCUACAGAUAAAAUGACAAUGCAAUAAACAUGGAAUCUUUCUUACAAAA